AUGACAAAUCUUGCAAAGCUUGAAUUUAUGGCUUUAGAUAUUACUGGGAAAAACUAUUUGUCAUGGGUGUUGGAUGCUGAAAUACAUUUGAAUGCAAAUAAUCUGGGUGACACAAUUAAAGAAGGAAAUAAAGCAAGCACCCAAGAUAAGGCAAAAGCCAUGAUCUUUUUACGCCAUCAUAUUCAUGAGGCUUUGAAAAGUGAGUAUCUCACUAUCAAGGAUCCACUUGUCCUUUGGACCAAUCUGAAAGAAAGGUAUGACCACCAGAAAACGGUAAUAUUACCGAGAGCUCGUUAUGAGUGGAUCAAUUUAAGGUUACAAGACUUUAAGUCUAUAAGCGAGUACAACUCGGCAAUGUUUAGAAUCACAUCACAAUUAAUUCUAUGUGGUGAAAAUAUUACUGAUAAGGAAAUGUUGGAAAAAACAUUCUUAACCUUUCACCCCUCGAAUGUGAUACUUCAACAACAAUAUCGUGAAAGGGGUUUCACCAAAUAUAGUGAGUUAAUAUCAUGUUUGCUCGUGGCCGAGCAAAACAAUGAGCUCUUAAUGAAAAAUCAUGAGACUCGUCCGGUUGGAGCAACCCCAAUCCCUGAAGCUAAUGUGGCAACAUAUAAUGGCCAAAGUGAAAGUUACGGACGUGGUCGAGGUUAUCAUCGUGGUCGUGGUCGUGGUCGUGGUCAUGGCCGUGGUCGUGGUCAUGGUCGUGGACGUGGCCGAGGAAAUUAUCAUAGUGUUCUGUUUAAAAACAAAGGGACCCACCAAAAGUGGCAUAAUAAUGAAAAUAAAUCCAGCGAUGAAAAAAAUAAAAGGAAGGUGGGAUCUUCAUCGAAUGCAUGUUAUCGAUGUGGAAGUAACAAUCAUUGGUCGAAGACUUGUCGUACGGCCAAACACUUGGUGGAACUUUAUCAACAAUCCAUCAAAGACAAAGCAAAAGAAAUAGAGACAAAUUUUACAUGUGGGGUUGCAAAUGUUGAUAAAGACCAUAAUGAUACAACUAAUUUCGAUUAUGAUGAUUUCCUUAUUGAGCCAACUAACUUGGAUUCUGGUGAUAUUGUGGCUGAUACAACCCAGUUGGAUGCUUGCAAUUUUCCUUACAUAUGA